CGGGACGGGCUCGGGGGCUCGGGGGCUCGGGGAAGGCACUGGGAGCGAGCUCGGGGCCCGGCCCCCUGCGUGAGCCACGUGUGGGCCCUAAACCAGUCCCCGUCCUGCCGGCCGGUACCUUCUAGGGUCGGCCCAUUCCCAGAAUCCGGCCACGACCCCCAUCCCGCGCGUACUUAGUCCUCCGUGGCCCGAGUGGGUGGGUCGCUAGGCCGGCAGGCUCGGCUCCCAAACCCUUCAGGCUGUGAGUGGUCUCUGGGUUUCGCUUUGUUGCUCUGCGCUAAGGGUAGGAAGCACUGAGCUUUUGAUAGCAGCCCUUUGUGUGCCUGGGUGAGGGGAAGGGUUUCCGCCCCGGGUGAGGACUUCCUUGUCCAGCCAGUCUCCCUAGUGGGGGAGUUUUCCCUCUUCACCCAGGAUGGCCACUUUGCCCAGGCCGAGAAGGGGUUAAUGCGUCAAAGGGGAAAUCACUGCGGCCGGGCCCUCCCUGCACUGUAAUAGCUGCAGUGGGCAGCACUGGCUGGGCCUCCUUCUUGGGAUCCUGGGCAGCUCUGGAGUCCUAGCCCUGAGGCCUCAGGCUAGAGCUGGGGUUGCCGUCAUUACCCACGAGCAGGCCUGUCCCAGGCGAGGGGCACGGGGCCGGGGUGGGGGGUUGUGGUCCUCCACACAGACAGACAGAGGCUGACCAAAUCCCAGAUCUCAUGCUGCCCUUUGCAAGCUUGGGGACCCCCCUCUCCCAGCUGGUGCUGGCUCCUUUAGUUGUCAGGGUAAGCCGGUGCAGCAGCUGCUCCCCAGGUGGCAGCCUGGCUCUUUCAGCUCUUCCCUGGAGUCUGGGAGCUAGUGGGGCGGCAGGGCCUUCUGGGCUUUCCUGGUGGGACCAGCAGGUGGCGCCAAGCUCGCGCGCUCACUCUGGGAGGGUGCGCGAGGCCGCUGCGACGCUGCCGCAGGUACGGGCUGCUGCAAGCUCUCACUCUCCUGAGCCCUGGCGGGGGCAAGCUCCGCUCCCCGUCACGCGCGCUGCUCUCCCGCUUUGCUCAGCAGCUCUGGGCGAGGCCGUGCCAUCUCCCGCGGACAAGGCUGGAGGCCUGGAGGAUCCCAGCACACCUUGCCUGCACAACACCCCGUCUGGGCUCCCCCUGCUGCUGUCCUCUUGGCCCCUCGUUCACAGCCUCUCCCGGCUGGCCUCCACCCUCAGCAACCUUCCCCGGUUCUCAUCACCAGCGUCUGCCAUCUCUCAGGCCCAGCUGCCCACUGGCUGCUCUACCUGGGCUCCUUGGGAGCUAGUGAGCAAGCUGCUGCACCUGCACUUCAAGGAUGACAAGACCAAAGUCAGCGGGGACGCGCUGCAGCUCACGGCCGAGCUGCUGAAGGUCUUCGUUGUGGAAGCGGCCGUCCGCAGCGUCCGGCAGGCCCAGGCGGAGGACCUGACCCGGGUGGAUGUGGACCAGCUGGAGAAGGUGCUGCCGCAGCUGCUUCUGGACUUCUAAGGCUUUCCACCUCACCGUGGCUGCCUGCCUGCGUCACGGCCAAGCCCCGUGUCCACGUGUCUUGUGGCUUCUACUUUCAGAAGGGACAGGCGCUGCUGCCCCCAGGUUCUCCUCCGCUCCGGCGACAGGCCAGCG